CCUUGGGUUCUUCAGGUGGCCUCUCAUUUGAAAUUACAGCACAUGGGUUGAGCUCCUGCUUCAACAGCCUUUCCAGAAACUGCUGGAAAAUAUUGGGCAUAGCACGUGGCUGAGCCUUCUAUGAAAGCCUGCGGAGCAAACAUCGCCACUGAUGGGGGUAAACCAACGCUUUGUGCCGAGCACCACACGCAUCAGGGAGGGAAAAGCACUGGGCCAAGAUCAAGACUUGAAACUGGCGUGGCAAUAGCCUUUUCUUGAGAUCUCCGAGUUUCUGAACCUGGAGCUGGGGGUGUGGGACAAUAUGUCUGAUCUCUCCCAGCCUUCAACAACCUUCUCAUCCUUACUGGAGCCUUCGACUGCAGUGGUCUGGGACCACGUGUGUGUGCCCUGGCUAGGGCAGCAGUGGGGAAGCUCACUACUGAAUGUCAAGGAGGCGAAAGUGGAGCUGCAGCUGCUGCCUUUCCUUCUGCAGCAUGCCCUGACAGCCGUUGGGCAGCGUUUGAGCUCUGCAAAGCAGCGUGGAAAGCAAAAUGCUCCUGGAUCAGCAGCAGAGGCAGUGGGCUGCUCUGCGUAUGGGCUCUGCUGCUGUGGGACGCUGUGUGGCCUGUCUGCUCUGAGUUUAUCCAGACCUGCAAUUAAUGCUCAUUGCUUUCACCGGGAUGAACUUUGCCUGGAUUUAACUUUUUGUCUCCUUUCCAUUCUCUCCUAUUUCUUCCUAUGCCACUCGGCAUCUGCAUGAUGCGCAUGCAUAAAGCUUGCCAGGCAGCUGGUGGCUGCUGGUGGUCCUGCUCUCUCCACCUUUAACAAAGGAGCAAGAAGUGUGCUGGAUGCCAGGGAGCCACAGCUCAAGCGGCAGACAGGUGUUCUAGAGCAGGCAAAACCCUGUUGUUUCCACGUGGCCAUCACUUGUUUGGUUUCUUCUUCUGGCCCUGGCUGAUGGCUUCUUGCCAGGGACCUGGGCAGUGCCGUGACCAGUAGCACGUGGUGGCAGGGGAGGCUGGCAAAGCCCCAGUGCCCGGGCUGCAGUCGUGUUUAUUUGCUCAGUACAGACAGUGCCCCUUCUCCCUGGGCAGGCAGGAGGGGAUGAGUUCUGGCACACAGAGCCCAACCUGACAUCGGUGCCUCUGUCCUCCCCUUGGCUGGGGGGUGAUGGGUGGGCUGGGACCAGCCUGAGCACAUGCCUUGGGGGUUCCUGUGUUUUCUCACCUGGCUCAGAUUUUCAGAAGAGCUGACAAAAAUGAUGAUGGGAAGCUGUCCCUGGAGGAGUUCCAGGCCUUCUUUUCCGAUGGGACGCUCAAUGAAGAAGAACUUGAGAAGCUCUUUCACACCAUUGACUCGGACAACACCAAAUUAUUUUGCUGACCAUAUGGGAGACUAUGAAGACGUCUUGGCCUCGCUGGAGACUUUGAACCUCUCCAUCCUGAAGGCAAUGGACUACACCAAACGGGUGUACGAGAGCGGCAGCAACGUGGACCAGUUUGUGACCCGCUUCUUGCUGAAGGAGACUGCAAACCAGACCCAGUCGCUGCUGAGCUCCGUGGAGAGUGCCGUGGAUGCCAUCGAUGAGCAAACCAACCCCGCCAGGCCCUACCCCAGCAAGGCUGCCCACGGUCUGAUGGACACCUGGUAUGACAGCCCCGUGCCCAGCUACUCUCCCACCAGCUGGAUGGUCCCCAGGGAGCAAGGGAAGAGCUUCCAGACUGGUUCCUCUGACACCAAGGCGGAGGGGCUGGAGGGGCAGAUCAACAGGCUGGCUGAGCUGAUCGGCAGGCUGGAGGACAAGACCCUCUGGUUUGACCUGCACCAGCGGCUGUCAGACAGCGAGAGCACGGCGUGCACGUACCUCCUCCUGGUGCGGGAUGAGAUGACGGUGUCGCACAAGCACCUGGGCGAGUUCUGCAGCUCCCUGAAGCAGUACCUGAAGAGUGUGGCCGGGGAGCGGGACUGCUUCCACGUCACGGCAGUGAAGCUGCCCGACGGGGUCACCUUCAUCGUCUACGAGUUCUGGGAGACUGAGGAGGACUGGAAGAGGCACCUGCAGAGUGCCACCUGCAAGGGCUUCCAGCACGUCAAGGUGGACACGCUGAGCCAGCCCGAGGCCAUCUCCAGUGUGGCCGUGCCAGCUGCCUGGUGUACCCUGAGCCGAGAGUGACCACUGGUGCCGGGGGUCCCACCAGCACCCAUCCCCGCUGUGGGGUGGCUGUGAGCCCCUGCGUGGCUGGGGGCGGGAGGUGGUGGUGUGACCUGUCUGCAGUGAAGGAAACCCCUGCGUCUGUCCCCAGCACCCCAUCGGGUGUCCCCCACAGCUACCCCAUCACCUGGGUCACCUCUCCCUGGACUGGGGUGGUCUUUGGUGGGGGGGUGAGGGGUGUCCCCUGGGGUCUGCCAGGCAUGGGCAGGCAGGGAGUGGGGGGAGACAGGGUGCAGGCAGCCAGGCCAUGGGUGGGGGGCAAGGCAGGGGGAGGAAGCUGGUGAUGAGGAGCAGGGUUGGGAGUGGGAUGCUGGAGGCCCCCUGGGGAGGAUAAGUUGGGGGUCCCCACAGUGGUGCCUGGGGGUGAGGCUGUGCCCAGCACAGUGUGUGUGUCCCCAGUGUCCCUGGGCAGGGGGUGCGGGUGGUCCCGAGGGGUUUCCUUCACGUGUGCAUGGUGACAGCAGGUGCCUCGCAGGCGUGGGGAUGGAUUGCGAGCUUCCCCCUACCCCUUCAUCCCCCUUCCUGGGGUCUGUACGUCAGUCUGUCUGUCUGUCUGUGUGCAGGGUUCACUGCCCAUCCUGCCCCCACCCCACCACGCGUGGGGGUCCCUCAGGGUGCAUGGCGCAGCACCCUCGCCGAUACCCUUGUCCCGUCUUUAUUAGCUGCUGUACAACAGGGACGGUGAUGCCAAAUAAAACAGUGAUGGGAUCCA